UAAAGAAGAAAAGUUGCUGAAAAGUGGAAACCAGGAGCGCAUAACUAGUAUACUGUAUACGGCGGGAUCGGAUUCGCUGAGGAGAAGCUGUCUCAUCGAACGACGUCGCUUUGGUGUCCUCGGAGAUGGAGAAGUUCCUGUGCGAGUUGUUGCUGGAUUCCUCGCAGCCAAUUUCCGAGCGUUUCAGAGCGCUCUUCUCUCUCCGCAACCUCAAAGGCCCCGUCCCUCGCAACGCCCUUAUUUGCGCCACAAGGGAUUCGUCGAAUUUGUUGGCGCACGAAGCUGCAUUUGCGUUGGGUCAAAUGCAGGAUUUGGAAGCCAUCCCUGCUUUGGCCUCAGUUCUCAAUGAUCUUUCUUUGCAUCCCAUUGUUCGCCAUGAGGCAGCUGAGGCUCUGGGUGCUAUUGGUUCAGAUGGUAAUGUUCCUUUCCUGAAAAGUAGUUUGGAUUUGGAUCCAGCCGAGGAGGUUCGAGAAACGUGUGAAUUAGCCCUUCAACGAAUUCAGAAUUUAAAAGAUGCUGGUAAUACUGAUGAAUUGUCUGCAAAUGGUGUAUCUCCUUUUAAGUCUGUUGAUCCAGCUGCACCAGCGAUCUCUGGUUCUUCUGUUGAUCAACUAAGGCAAGUGCUUCUUGAUGAAGAAAAAGGGAUGUAUGAGCGCUAUGCAGCUCUUUUUGCACUUCGAAAUGAUGGUGGAAAUGAAGCUGUUACCGCUAUCAUUGAUUCCUUGGGCUCAAAAAGUGCUCUACUGCGCCAUGAGGUUGCAUAUGUUUUGGGUCAAUUGCAAGACAAAGCUGCUUCAGCUGCUCUAUCCAAUAUACUUAAAGAUGUGAAUGAGCAUCCAAUGGUUAGGCAUGAGGCUGCUGAAGCUCUUGGUUCAAUUGCAGAUGACCAAUGUGUAGCCCUUCUUGAGGAGUUUUCGGCAGAUCCAGAGCCUCUUGUCUCACAAAGUUGUCAAGUUGCUCUAAGCAUGCUAGAAUUUGAACGAUCAGGGAAAUCAUUCGAGUUCCUGUUCAUGCGCACUCCAACUGUGCAUUAAAAGUUUUCUCGUGGUUAUGCCAAGACAUGAAGAAUGAGUGGAUGCUUGAGAAUGGAGACACAAACACAGUGACAUACAAAGAAAUAGAAUGCAAAUGUGGAAUUUCUGAUUUCAAUGGAUGAAAUUGAGAAACAUUACCCUUAUAUAAACACUAAUUGAACUACGGUUUUGUCAAUUUAUGAAAAAGGAUAUUUGUGAUGAACUUGACGCA